AUGACUCCCCCGACAGCAGUGUUUCUGAAUGAAGAAGAUGAUCUCACUACUCCUCUUCGACAUCAGGAGGAGUGGCGCCCGCGUCAUCAGCAGCAGCAGCCGGGACGCGUCCGUCAGACCAGCGGCGCUGGGGCGCGGUAUGCUGAGCAGCUGCUUGGUGCGGGCGGGCGGCAGCGGCGGCAGCGACCGCCAACACAGGACAACAUUGCUGCCCUCGUGGCCAUGGGGUUUCCGCAGGAGUCUGCACGCUGGGCGCUCACACAGACAGGCAACGACCUCCAGGCGGCUGUUGAGCUGCUGACAACAGCAGCGCGGUGAUACGACGACUGCUGCUGCUGCUGCUGCUGCCGCCGCUGAUGAUGAUGAUGAUGAUGAUGAUGA